AUGUUCUCUGCCAUGCUGAUGGACGCUUACCGUGAUGAAGGCCCCGGGAUCUGCAUCGCCUACAGGACGGACGGUCACCUUCUCAAUCAACGGCGGAUGCACUUCCAAUCCUGCGUAUCCACAACCACCGUUCACGAACUUCUCUUCGCCGACGACUGCGUCCUCAACACCACCUCGGAAGAGGAGACGCAACGCAGCCUGCACCUGUUCCCCGCCGCCUGCGAGAACUUCGGUCUGGUAAUCAACACACAGAAGACGGUGGUGAUGCAUCAACCGCCACCCAACAUCGCCUAUCCUCCCAACGCGCCGCCGCAAAUCAGCGUGAACGGAACCCAACUGCAAGUGGUGGAGAACUUCCCGUACCUGGCAGUACCCUCUCCCGUAGCACCAAAAUCGAGAGUCGUUUAUCACACCAAGGGCACUUUCAAACAAGUCAACUUUGUCAAACUGAGAGACGAUCCUGUACGCGAGUGGCCGAAUACGCAACAGCGGGUAGGAGCAAUGACCCCAGCUUCGAAGUCGCGGUUCAUUUGA